AUGUGGGCCCACCCUUACCGGAAAGAUGACGUGGAGUCCGCCCGGCAGCCGCUCUACCCGAUGAUGCUCGAGAGCCCCGAGCUCCGGUGGUCUUUCAUCCGCAAAAUAUACUCCAUCGUCAGUGUUCAGCUGCUUCUCACCAUCGCCGUCGCUGCUCUUGUGGUCACCGUUGAACCGAUUUCGCAUUUCUUCUCCGCCACUAGGGCUGGUUUGGUGGUCAACAUUAUUCUGAUCAUCACCCCUUUUGUCGUUCUGUGCCCGCUGUAUUCCUACUAUCAGAAGCAUCCCGUGAAUUAUAUCCUCCUUGGGGUGUUCACCGUGUCGCUUGCAUUUGCUGUGGGGUUGACUUGUUCGUACACCAGUGGUGAGCAUUUGCUAAUCCUCUUUAAGUUUCAUUGGAUAUAA